AAUUUGACGUAAGAAGAAAGUCUUCUCUUUUCUUUUCUUAAACCCUUUUUUAAUUAUUUUAUUAUCAGCGAAGAAAGAUUUUUUGUCGGUCAUUUCUUCAGCGAUUCGUGAAACUCAGCUCAACUCGGUGGAAACUCGGUGGUUUUUGUUGAAUGGCGAAGCUUGAAGCGAAGCUCGGAAUGAUAGUUGACUCCGUUGGUAACUUCUUCUCCGGCAAAGACCAGCUUCCCUGGUGUGACCCUGACAUCGUCGCUGGGUGUGAGAGGGAGGUUGCUGAGGCUGGGAAGCAAUCCGAUGAGUUCUUGCAGGAGUGUCUCUUGCGAUUAUCGUGGGCUCUUGUUCACUCCAAACGAUCGCAGGAUGUACAACGUGGGAUAGCAAUGCUUGAAGGAUCAUUGCCUAAUACAUCUGAUCCACUACAGCAAAGGGAGAAGCUGUAUCUUCUGGCUGUUGGAUAUUAUCGAAGUGGUGACUAUUCAAGGAGUAGGGAUCUCGUGGAGAGGUGCCUAAUGAUUGCACCAGAUUGGAGGCAGGCAGUGACACUCAAGAAGGCAAUUGAGGAUCGGAUUACAAAAGAUGGUGUUAUUGGCCUAGGCAUUGCUGCAACUGCUGUAGGAUUGAUAGCAGGUGGGAUUGCAGCAGCAGUGUCUCGCAAGAAGUGAUAGAACCCUUGAUAUUUUGCUAAAUAUGCAGAGGCAGCAAACUUUAUAUAUGUGAAUUUGCUGGAUGCUACUUUUUCCCCUAAGAACCAUUGUGUCAAAAAUAUACGUUGUUUAGACCCUACAUUGAGAGAUAUUGCGUGUGAAUGAAUCUGUAGUUUCUAUAUGAUGUUAUCUCUUUGUAAAUCAUAUUCCUUUUGAUUGAAAAAAGAAAGGGUUGCAUA